UAUUCCAUGCAUGAAUUACAAAAAAUACAUAUCGGCCAUAUUCGUUAACAAAAAUGUGGUACCGUAUCAAUUCAAGAAUAUUAGAACAUUACGAAUGGCCCUUGGCUGCUAUAUUGUUGGAAGUUACCAUCUGGUGGAAUUUCCCACUUCUGUGCACGAUCACAGGGCAUCAUUAGAAAUAUUACCGGUAUUAGUUCUUGUCACCAUAUUCCUCGCUAUACCUAUAACGUUCACAUCACUUGGAUUAUCGCAAUACUCAAAAAAAGGAUGGAUCAAAUUGUGGGAUGCUGAACCUGUCUGGAGAGGAAUAGGCAUAGCAGGCAUAUUAUGCCUAUAUGUUGCAAUUAUGUCUAACCUUUCAUUAAGCACAUACUUCCUAUAUUACACCACAAGGAGUUUGGAAACUGAAACACCUUGGUCUGAAUGCGACGAAAAUCAGAGUUUCUUUGAAGAGGGCUGCUUUACUUAUAAAGAAAAUCGUUCGAUUCGUUUAGAUUGUAUAGAUAUGCACGGCGAGGAACAUUGUAGGAAUAUCGAUUGGAAAAAUAGCGCACAAUAUUUUUGGGAAAGUACUGUAAGAUUGAAGAAUAGCAGAGAUUUCUUUCACUAUAAUACAAAUCUCAUAUUUUAUCAAAUUGCUGUAACAGUUAUGAUUUAUAUAUGCCUGAGAAACAGUACGGAAAGUUUGGCCAUAUUUUCGCCCUUCUUGCUAUUAUUUCCAACGGGUCUACAUGGAGUACUUCUGAUCAGGUCGUUUUUACACCCUGGAACAUUGAGAGGGUUGGAAGAUAUGUCUCAAUUUAAAUUUUCCAAUCUGAUUUCUGCACAAUUCUGGCUAGAUUUCGCCACCUUGAGUAUUUAUAGUACAGGAUUUGCUUAUGGAGGAUUGUCAAAUUUUGGUACCCAGUACAAUUUCAGACAUCCUAUCAACAUAGAUGCUGUUUUUAUCAAUUUGGCGAGCGUCACAUAUUCCAUCAUGUACACAAUUUUGAUCUACAAUAUCUAUGGAAUUUUGAGCUACGAGCUGGACAUUCCUGUUCAGGAAAUUGUUGACAUUGAUAAGGAUGACAGUUUCAUCCAGUGUGCCUUGAGUUUUGCUCAUAUGCCUUUCACCAAAUUUUGGACAUUUAUUUUUUACUUAGCGAAUUUCCUGAUUGUGCUCAGAAACCUUGCAAUACAAUGCGAGAUGUUUUUGUGUACAUUUUACGAAUUGAAGCCAGUUCUCAAAAGGUACACAAUUCCAUGUGCUCUCGUAUUUUGUCAUACCCUGGUAAUCAGUCAUUGCGUUUUGAAUUUUAACAUUGCAGUGACCCUCGUGCUUGAGGUGUUUAUUUGGGUGGUAUUUGUUGUCAUUCCAGCUUUGGCAUUUUACUUCUAUAUUUUUAUCAGUUUCUUUUACGGAGUGAUGCACUUGAUGGAUGACAUGCAUUUCAUGUUAGGUUUCAGACCUUGUAAUCUUUGGAAAUUGAAUUGGUAUAUGGGAUUUUUAAUUUAUUUGGCUCUUUUCAUAUUUUCUGCAUAUGAAUCCACACAGUCUGCAGAAGAUCUAAACGAAACAGUUCACUACAUUCGCAUCGUUAUCAUUACUAUUUUCUGUCUGAUUCCUCUUAUAUAUUUCAUUCUAUUCGUUGCGAUCAAGUAUGAGAAAAAAAUUCCUUUCCUGGAGAUCUUCAAGUCUGCAAAGCAAUGGGGUCCAAGAGAUGAAGUAUUACGAAAAAGUAGGGACAUGUUUUCUGCCCAUGAUAUGACAAAGGAAUAUCUUUAUCGGCAGAAAAAAUUAAAAGGCAGAGUAACUGAAGUACCAACGACAAGACUGAAUUCGGAGUGAAACUUCCAUGAAAAUAUUGAAAUGAUGAAAAGAUGCCAUCAUUAUUUUUCAGUUAUAAUUGUAAUUUCUACACAAUCGAUGAUGCAUUUAGUUUUAAUAGUCAUAUUCGAAUCAAUGUUCUUUAGAGGAUAUUAUAC